AUGCCUCUUGCUUACGGCUCCCUCUUGCUUGCCACUGUGAUGGAAGCAGCCCUAGGAGUACCUGAUACCCGUUUCCAGAUUACUGCUGACUAUCCACCGGGUUGUAAUGGAGGUCCUGGUCCAGGGGAGGGAAGCAACAUUAUCGAUAUCCUAGCGCCUUCCUGCAUUUACAACAUGGGGGGCUAUGCAACCGAUGGAAGUUAUACAGAAGUUGCCGCGAUCAGGCUCAACACUAACAGGCCUGGGCAUUAUGGCAGCAUGGCACUUAACCUCGUUGUGUCUAGCGCGACUGGUGCCAAAGAGCCCAAUAUCUCAGUGCUAACGACUGGUUGGGCUCACCUGAGUGUCGGUGAUCAAACCAGAGACUUCUGGUGGAACCCAGCUCCAGGCAGGCACUUCUACGGUCCAUAUCCUCGUGAAGUGUACCCCCAACUUUCAACUAUCGACUUUGAUAUGAAGGCCACUUACUAG